CACAUUCUCUCUCUCUCUCUGGCUGUUUCGUCCUCUUUACAUGAGGUACAAUGAGUGCUACAGGGAAAGGGAAUUUGACUGAGCUCCAUCACAGCUUCUCCACAUUUCUCAACAUGUAACCUGAGCAUUGCUGAAAUGAACACGAUUCUCUUUACUGUGAGGCUGCUCCUAUGUGUUAUGGCAGGGGGAACAGCAGAUCCUGUCCUGACUCAGUCACCGGCCCAAGUAACUGUGAGAGUGGGGCAGACCGUCCACUUACUGUGUGCCAUGAAGAACGGUGAAAUGGAGAAAAUACAUCUACACUGGUACCAGCGGCGGCCUGGACAAGGAAAUCGACAAAUUAUAACUCAUUAUCAAAAUCACGUUCAGAGGUACGAUGUUACUGAACGUUUUGGGUCAAAGAAAAAUCUCACUGACAACAGCUGUACUCUGACGAUCACUGAUGUACGUCUCACAGACUCUUCUAUCUAUACCUGUGCUGUGUACUCAACUAUCUUUGGAACUGGGACUGUGGUAACUGUGAUCGGGAGAACGGGAGUUCCUGUCCUGACUCAGUCACCGGCCCAAGUAACUGUGAGAGAGGGGCAGACCGUCCACUUACUGUGUGCCAUGAAGAACGGUGAAAUGGGGAAAAUACAUCUACACUGGUACCAGCGGCGGCCUGGACAAGGAAAUCGACAAAUUAUAACUCAUUAUCAAAAUCACGUUCAGAGGUACGAUGUUACUGAACGUUUUGGGUCAAAGAAAAAUCUCACUGACAACAGCUGUACUCUGACGAUCACUGAUGUACGUCUCACAGACUCUUCUAUCUAUACCUGUGCUGUGCACACAACUAUCUUUGGAACUGGGACUGUGGUAACUGUGAUCGGUACGACUGAUCCUCUCCUCAUUCAGUCCCCGACCCUGGAACGUGUCGCAGUGGGAUACCCGGCCCGGUUACAGUGCUCCAUGGAGAACGCAGACGUGAGCCGCAACGAUGUACACUGGUACCGACAACUCCCGGGACAGCAGAGGGAGUGGAUUUUAACACAUGAUACAAAUGGCAGGAAAACAGAUCACGAAGAUGUUAAUCAGCGUCUCCAGCCGUCCAGAGUCACCUCCAAUAACACCUACAUUCUGAUACUCAGACGAGUGACAGUCAGUGACGCUGCCGUCUAUCACUGCUGUGUGUGGGGAGAUGUCUGUGGGAACGGGACCCGACUGAACGUAACAUGGAGCAGAGAACAGGUCUGGAUCAACAUGGGGACAGCUCUGGGAGUCCUGGCCUGUGUUGGAGCAGCUUUUCUUACCUACAAGAUGUGUAGUUUGUGAAGAAACAGUCCUGUACAUUUGCCUCCAUGUUUUACCUGAACUAAUCCACACUGAAGGCGACUUGUCAGACUUUGGGGAAAUGAAGAUGUGACAAAUGUAAGGAGUCUUUUUCCCAAGUUCCACACAGGACCUCCACACGUCAUCUGAUCAGAGGCAGUGACACGAGGCACAAAGUCAUGUUAUCAUCAGGGGAACGUGUCAAUUUAGAGGAGAUAUUUUACAGACGGGGUUAGAGUGUGGAAUGCCUCGCCCACAUGGCUCUUCAAACCAGAAUAGUGUUUACUGGGCAUUAGAUAAAUACAGGAGGAAUUAUAUGCAAGGAU